UCCGUCUUAUUACAAAAAACUAAAUAAACCUUGGUUUAAACCUGGACUAUCUAGUCCAGGUUUAUCUGAAAAACCAUGGUCUAAAUUCAUUCGUAUUACAAAACUUAGUAAAACCAUAGAUUUCUUAGUACUGCCAUUUGAACCAUUCUUUAAAUAUCCACCACAGAUUAAUUCAUAUAUCGUUCGUUCAUUUUGAUAUCAUUCUAUAAUAACGUUCCGUAUGCUUAGAAAAUAAAACGAUUCAAUGUUUUGCUAAUGAUUAAAUUACGUUUAUGAGUGAUGAAAGUAAUUGAAACUGUUAUUUUGUAUAGAUGUAUAUAUAAUUUAUUACGUCGCUUGUAGUUUUAUGUUUUAGCACAUUAUUUAAUGUAUCUUAACUUAUAAUAUACGUGUAACGAAACGCAAGUCUCGUUCGUAAGAAGUUUCGCGCGUAAUUUGAAACCGGAGCAACAAGGGUUGAAUUUUGCUAAUUUCGUCUUGCACUCGUACACUAUUUUAAAGUCAUUUCGUGAUGAGUCAGGAAAAAAGGAAACGUUCUGAGAAUUGGAGUACUGAAGAAAAAGAUAUACUACGUGAGAUGAUUGGGCAGUCACACCACAUUAUAGAAAAUCGGUGUACAAAAGCUUCCUCCAACAAUAAAAAAACUCAAGAGUGGAAAGAUAUAACAAAGAGAUUAAAUGAAUUGACGGGAAAGUGUAGGUCAGACGGUGAUGUCAAGUUAGCGUGGAAGAGGAUGAAGCUCACAGCUAAAGCCAACUUGUCCACUCAUUGGCAAGAUUUAGGAAAGACGGGGGGUGGGAAUAAGCCCAAGUCGCCUUCACAAGAAGAUCUAGCCACAAUAAAUAUUGUUCCAGGCGAUUUUAUUGUCGAAUAUAAUAAUUUUGAUAGUGAUGCUAUGAGACCUGUGGCUGAGUUGAAUGUUUUGGGCCACAAAAACAUUGAAAUAGAAGCGGGGCCAAGUACAGCUGUACCACCAUUAGAUCUUAAAGAAAAUAAUGAGGUACAAGCUGAAAAGGGCCAGGGUACUUCAAAUAAUGUAAAUGUGGAAACUACUACAAAAAAAAGAGUUUUAUGUACAAAUAGUGAUCCAAAAAACAAAAAAAAUAAAAUGGCAGAAGAAAUAUUGCGAACCAACAGUGCAUUUAAAGAGAGGCAGUUGGAGAUGUUAGAAUUGGAGCAUCAAUAUAAAAUUGAAACAUAUAAAUUAAAAAUUAAAAAAUUAGAACUUCAAAUUGAGUUACUAGAAAAUAAUAAGAAGUCCAUUAAUUAUCAGUUCUGCUGA